AUGGCUUCAUCAGUGAAGGCGACUGGUCAACUACAGAAUGGCAAUUUCUCUAUAUUCUAUGAGCAAGAGGGAAGUCAGAAUGGGCCGGCGAUUCUGGGAAUCCAUGGACUAGGCGGUACCACCAACUUUUAUCAACCGAUUGUCUCAUCAUUUCAAGAGUACAAUGUGGUUCGCUUUGACCUCGGUGGCCAUGGUAGAAGUGCUCAAGAUACAACAAAUACCAAAACCAGCAUUGAAACCUAUGUGGAAGAUGCCGAAGCUAUAAUAAGACGCUUUGGUUUGAAAGAUGUUACAGUAUUGGGGCACUCGCUAGGAGGCCUCAUCGCUUUACACUUGGCGGCAAAACUCCCUGAGACGGUUACUCGUCUUGUUCUCUUCGGUCCAGUCAAGCCGCCACCCGAGGCUGGUCAGAUUGGACUUCGAGCCCGAGCGAAAACUGUCCGCGAUUCUGGAAUGGUCGCAGUGGCCGAUACCGUUAUAGGAGCAUCAUUGUCUCCUGCAACACUCAAGGCUCGUCCAGAACUCGUUGGAUUUGCCCGAGAGUUGCUUUCUCGACAGCAGCCGGAAGGUUACUCACUUGCUUGUGAAGCUCUUGCAGAGAGCUCCGAGCCAGACUGGAACAAGAUCACUGCCAAAGUUGUCAUUGUGGGUGGUUCUGAUGAUAAGGUCUCUUCACCGGCCACAGUGGAGUCGAUCGCGUCGAACUUGACCGCGACGAAAAAGGAGGUCAUAUCAUUUGAGGAUGUGGGCCAUUGGCAUACUUUGGAAAAUCCCACGGGAUGCAUUCAGGCGAUAGAAAAGGCCUUUAAACUUUAA